AACUUCGACGCCGUGAAACGUUUAUUAUAAAACAAUGUCGUUAGCUGAUGAAUUAUUAGCAGAUCUCGAAGAAAACGAUCACGAUGAUCUACAAGAUGAAUAUGAAGCCCUGGACGAAGCAGUUAAACAAGAAAAUGCCGAAAUUAAAGAAGAACCCAUGGAAACAGACACCACACAAAUCAACUCAAUUCGCGAACUAUGCAAACUAAGAGAUUCGGAGCGUUUGAUCAAUAUAAUGAAACAAAUCAAAGGCUACGGAAACAAAAUACGUAAAGCUAGUGAAAUCAUAGGUCCUGUUGAAGCAGAUCCAGAAUAUAUGUUGAUUGUAGAGGCAAAUGACUUGGCUGCUGACUUUGAUUCUGAAAUAGCCACUAUUCACAAGUUUGUUAAAGAUAAGUAUCAAAAACGUUUCCCAGAGCUAGAUUCCUUAGUAGUGGUUCCUUUGGAGUAUGUACGAACAGUAAAAGAACUCGGAAAUGAUUUAGAUCAAGCCAAAAACAAUGAAACUCUACAACAGUUCCUGACCCAAGCAACCAUUAUGGUUGUUUCAGUCACUGCCUCUACAACUCAGGGUACAUUUCUGACUGAGCAGGAAAAAGUACAGAUUGAUGAGGCCUGUGACAUGGCAAUUGAAUUAAAUGAUCUAAAACUACAGAUUUAUGAUUAUGUUGAGAGUAGAAUGGCAUUUAUUGCUCCCAAUUUAUCAUUAAUAGUUGGAGCAUCAAUUGCAGCUAAAAUUAUGGGUGUUGCUGGAGGAUUAACAAGAUUAUCAAAGUUACCAGCUUGUAAUAUUCUGCUUCUUGGCCAACAGAAGAAGACCCUGUCUGGUUUUUCACAGAUUCACAUGUUGCCACACACUGGCUUCAUUUAUUAUUCUGAUAUUGUACAAAAUACGCCACCAGACUUGCGGCGUAAAACAGCAAGACUUGUAGCUAAUAAAUGCGCAUUAGCUGGACGAGUCGAUGCAAAUCAUGAGAGUGUGGAUGGUCACAUCGGGCGCAGUUUACGCGAUGAAAUAGAAAAGAAACUGGAUAAAAUGCAAGAACCUCCACCGGUUAAAUUUGUCAAGCCGCUACCGAAACCGAUUGAAACCAGCAAGAAGAAACGCGGCGGUAAACGAGUCAGGAAAAUGAAAGAACGUUACGCCAUUACUGAACUUAGGAAGAAUGCGAACCGAAUGAACUUUGCCGACAUUGAAGAUGAUGCUUACCAAGAGGAUUUAGGCUACACCAGAGGCACAAUUGGCAAGUCCAGCACAGGUCGCAUCCGUCUACCACAAGUCGAUGAAAAAACCAAAGUGCGCAUCUCGAAAACUCUUCAGAAAAAUCUACAAAAACAACAAAUCUGGGGCGGUAGUACAACGGUCAAGAAGCAAGUUUCUGGUACAGCUUCAAGUGUAGCAUUCACGCCGCUACAAGGUUUAGAAAUCGUAAAUCCACAAGCCGCCGAAGUGAAGGUAAACGAAGCAAACGCCAAAUACUUCAGCGCGACUGCUGGAUUUGCUACCUCAUCAUCAGAAAAAAAGUAAAUUCAGUAUUACAAAAAGUUGCCAUUCACACAUCUUAUAUAUUAAAUAUUUGUAUGUAUAAAUAUUAAAUAAUAAUUUCAAUAAUUA